CGCCUUGCUCUGCCAGGUCAAGUGCAGCUACCGAUGCCAGCGCGGGACGUCUUCUGGAAGCACGUCGUGAAGCGCGUCAACUUUGCCGACGACGCCGAGCGCACCAAGGUGCUAGCGCUCACCGAGCUGACGAAAGGCCUGCGCUGGUCGAUCCCGGCGCCCAUCACCCACAUCCACCGCCACGUCUACGACCAGAUCGCAUCGCCGCGCCACGCAUACUCGGAGCUCAUCGAACGCGACGUGGCGCGCACGUUCUGCAUCUUUGAUGCGUCGGACGACGAGGCCUUCCGCGCGCUCGAGCCGUCGCUCUUCCGCGUCCUCAACGCGGUCGCUCGCGCCGAGAAUGGGUACUGCCAGGGCAUGAACUUCAUCGCCGCCGUCUUCCUCGAGGCCGGGCUACCUGAAGCUGAUGCGUACGCAACCUUUGUCUACCUCCUCCAGCACAAGCACAUGAGCCAAUUUUACAAGGACUCGUCGGUCUUCCUGAACGAGUACUUGCAGCGCUUCCAGGUGCGCGUGGCCGAGCUACUGCCCGAGCUCGCGGCCAAGCUCGACGCUGUCGGUUUUGACGUGUACCUCUACGGCAUCGAGUGGUUCACGACCAUGUUUGCCUGCUCGUCCAAAAUCGAGCUCUCGCACGCCGUCCUGGACCUCGUGCUCGCCGACGUCACGGACGUCAUGUUCCGCAUCGGCAUUGCGCUCCUUCAGAACGUCGAAGCGCAGCUGCUGUCCAUGUCUUUUGACGACCUUUUACGCGACUUCAAGACGGUCACCAAGCACGUGGAUACGUACCAGAUUGUGAUGGCGGCGCUGAGUGUGCCGCCCGUGCCGUCGGCCGUCGCGCACGGCGGCCUCCUUCAGCGCACCGCGAGCGCGACGCGCAGUCCACUGUGGCCCUUUGUGAAGCGACGAACGCUCUCCGAGGCGUGGGACGCAGCGAUCGAAGCAGGCGCCGUCCAAACCAUGCUCGUGCUCUGGGAUGUGUGGCAACAGACGCGUCCCGACCCGACGUCGUCGGUGGUUGUCGCCAACGAAGUGCUGCACCUCGCGACGUGGUACGGCUCGAUCGCGAUCGCUGUCUUUGCUCUCGAGAAGGGCGCCAAUGUCAAUGCUGGCGACGAGUGGGAGCUUCGGCCGCUGCACUUUGCUAUUGUGCGCAACCAACCCGACAUCAUUCGCCUCUUGUGGCGGCGCGGCGCCAACAUCAACGUCGCAAGCGGUGCAGGGCUGCCGCCGCUCAUCGCACGCAAGUCGCCGCUGGAACUCGCGCGGCAGUGGGAGCUCACGCCGGUCGAAGCGAGCGCGGCGCUGGUCGGCGGCGGCGUCUGCCUCGGUUGCAACACGCCGUUCCACGUCUGGAACCACCUUCUGAAGAAGCAGUGUCCGAGCUGCAAAGCGCUCUUCUGCCCGCAGCGGUGCGCGCCCUGCCAUAAAUGCAGCGUCUCGUCGGCGCUCGUCGAGGCGGCGGCGCCACUCGAUUUGCUGUGGCUCUACGGCGUACCGCCACCGACGCAGAAUGUGCUCACAGACGACGAGGGCGACGACGACGACGGCAGCAGCACCAAUAAGAUCCGGUGUUACUCGACGUGGUACUGCAGCAUUCUCGACUGCCACGCCAAGUUUUCGCUUUUUGCCAAGCGCCAGCAGUGCUCGAUCUGCACGUACUUUGUGUGCCGAAACCACAUCACGACCAAGCGCGUCCAGGGCCGCGACUGCAACGUCUGCACCUACUGCGACGCGUGCUAAUAAGCCUCUUCAUCGAUGGACUUCAUUUCGCUGACAAACCCACACCCAUCAAAAGUGCAGGACUUCUACCA